AUGUCCGACGACGAGGAAUAUUACGAAUGGGAGGAAGAAUACCUGCUCGAGGACCUUGUGCCGGACCUUGCUGAUGAACUCGCCGCAACCUCAUACUACGAAGCGGCCCUGUACGAAGACCCAGGGAUUGAAGUGGAGGAGUACUACAGCGACUGGGAAUACUACACGGAUGACUACUACGAUGACGACCCGACCGUGAAGCAAGGUGCCGUGGCGAAAGACACCGAGACGAAAACCCGCCGAGCAAACAAGCGCACCCCCAGACCCCAAUCCUCCUUAAAGCCAGACAUCACGUCCUUCCAAGGCGUGGUCUGGAAGACGUCCGGCCUGGAGAGGGACCAGGAUAUCGCCGUACAAAUCUACGAACCGGGUGCCUGCGAACAGGUCGCGCUGCUGAAGAACUGGCGCGAGAUUUUCAAGUCCGCCCAGCCUGCGCUGGACAAGUCGCGGUUGCGCAAGAGGAAGGCGGAGGAGAUGCGUGAGUUGGAUCCUGCCCUUGCCGACGACGAAUUCCCCUGCGAAGACGACGACGACAGCUCGGAUGUGAUGUCGGAUAUCGUGUCGCUGGAUAAUAUUACGGAGAAUGGAGACGCGGGCGAUGCGUCGAACACGACGCCGGAACUGCCUCAGUCGCCGAAGCCUGAGCCCCACCUGUCUGUUGUGAUUCCGGUGAAGGCAGGUCGCAAGCGAAAAGCUGAAGCGGAGUUUCCUCCGGAGACGAAUAAAAAGCAAGGGGAGACUACGCCGCGGUCGAAACGUGUUGCAUCGAAGAGGGAUGAUGGUAGGACAAGUGCUUCAUCUGGCCCGGUGCGCAGGUCGACCAGGCAGAAGAAGUAG